AUGUCAAAAGGAAAACCCAAUAUGAAUGGGUAUAGCUCUGUUCCACAAGGGACAGUAGCACAUGAUACAAGAUCAACUCAACCAAAUGAGGAAUUUGAACUAGAAACAUUGGAUUAUGAAUAUGAAUUUCCCCCGCUGCAUAAUAACGCCGAGCUUCAUGGUAUAAGUGAAGAUGAAGAAAUGGAAGAAGAAAAGUCAGGGACUUCAACCAUGAGAAUGGCAUUUAUGAAUAUGGCCAACUCGAUAUUGGGAGCUGGUAUUAUUGGCCAACCAUAUGCAUUCAGAAAUAGUGGAUUAAUUGGCGGUAUUCUCGUAAUGAUAUUAUUAACUAUUCUUAUUGAUUGGACUUUGAGGUUGAUGGUUAAAAAUUCAAUAUUGUCCCAGACUAAAUCCUAUCAAGAUACUGUUAAUUAUUGCUUUGGACUACUGGGUAAAAUUAUACUAUUGAUAGCUAUAAGCAGUUUUGCAUAUGGUGGAUGUAUGGCAUUCUGUGUGAUUAUCGGGGACACUAUACCUCAUGUGUUGAAAGCUUUCAUACCAAAUUCUGUUACAAGUGCGUCUGGUGUGAGUUGGUUGUUUCAGAGAAAUACCAUUAUUAUACUAUUCACAACGUGUAUUUCAUUUCCGUUGUCAUUGAAUAGAGACAUUUCAAAACUUGCAAAGGCAUCUGCGUUUGCAUUGGUGGGUAUGUUUAUUAUUGUGGUAACGACAAUUAUCAGAGGGCCUUUUUCAACUGCAGAGAAGGGAGAAAUGACAAUCAGAGAAUGGACUUUUAAUAGUAAUAUAUUUCAAGGGAUUUCGGUGAUUUCAUUUGCAUUGGUGUGCCAUCAUAACACUAUGUUUAUAUAUCAAUCAAUGAAAAAUCCGACAUUGGCCAAAUUCUCCAAAUUGACACAUAUCUCAUGUGCUGUUUCCAUGUUGUUCUGUAUGCUCAUGGCAAUCAACGGGCUUAUUAAUUUUGGUGACAUUACUAAGGGUAAUAUUUUAAACAAUUUCAAGAGUAAUGAUAAUUGGAUCAACGUGGCUAGAUUUUGUUUUGGAUUGAAUAUGUUGACAACUUUUCCAUUAGAGAUAUUUGUGGUCAGGGAUGUUUUGCGAGAAAUUGUAUUAGCAAGAAAGGCCGAUCUGGAUGGAAGCACUGCUGGUUUAGAGCUUAGCACGAUCCAACAUUUUACCAUUACCACUUUUUUGGUUUUCAGUUCAAUGUCGGUAUCAUUAUUUACGUGUAACUUGGGUAUGAUUUUAGAGUUAAUUGGUGCUACUUCGGCAUCAUUAAUGGCAUAUAUAUUACCACCUUUGUGUUAUUUCAAAUUGUCAUGGGACCAAGUUGAGUACAGACUGGCAAUGCCAAAAGAUAAAAGAAAAUUCAUUAUUUACAAAGCUAUUCCUAGUAUUGGGUGUAUAUUGUUUGGGUUUGCGGUGAUGUUCAUUUCAUCGUUUAUGACAAUUAAAAACAGUGUAAAUAACAAGUCAGGAGAAGAUCACUGUAACAUAGAUUAG